AUGAACGGCCACCACUUCUCGCCCGUCGUCCUCUCGCCCUCUCCAGAACCCGCCAACGACGCCACGCCCCGCCUGGGCGCCUCUCCCGCCAUCGACCUCGCCACUUUGGCACGCCAGCACAACUUCUGCGUCAUCGGUGGCGGCACCGGCUGCAACGCCGUCCUCGCCGCCUUCGCCGACGCCGAGCGCACCACCUUCAUCGUCCCCGUGUCCGACGACGGCGGCAGCUCGUCCGAGGUCCAGCGCGUGCUCGGUGGUCCCGCCCUGGGCGACAUUCGCUCGCGCCUCAUCCGCCUCAUCCCGCCCUCACCGCUCAACUCGCCCCUCGACUGCAUCCGCAAGCUCCUCGAGUACCGCCUGCCGGGAGAAGGGAGCGGCAAGUCGCACGCCGAGGUCAAGGGCGAGUGGCACGAGAUUGUCGAGGGGACGCACAAGCUGUGGAGGGGCAUCCCUGGCGACCGCAAGGAGACGAUCAGGGCGUUCCUCGUCCACUUCGAGAGCGCCGUCCUCAAGAAGGCUCAACGAGGCUUCAACUUCAAGAAGGCGUCGAUCGGCAACCUGUUCCUGAGCGGCGCCUCGCUCUUCCUCGGCUCGGUCCCGUCGGCCAUCUUCCUCUUUGCGUCCUUGACCGGCAUCGCACACGACCGAGUGCGCAUCGUGCCCGUUAUCAACACGUCGUCGACCGUCACCAUUGCCGCCGAGCUCGAGGACGGGCAAAUCAUCGCCGGCCAGAGCGAGAUCUCGCACCCGUCGGCGACGACCUCGGCGGCGCUUGAGCACGGCGUCACGACGCCUGCGGUCGGCAGCUACCUCGGCGGCGGUGGGGGUGGGCUCAAGCCCGAGAGCUACUUCCCGCUCACACGAGCGACGACGCCCUCGUUCCCCGAGCCGCCCGUCCUCGGCGCCGAGGAGGACGACUCGCACUCCGAGCUCCCCUUUGCGCCCUCGCCCGACCCGAACAGCCUGUCGGCCUUCGCUUCAGCCGCAACCACGCACGCACCCACCCUCCUCGCACCCUCGCCCGCCGCCGCCGCGACCGCGCCCGCCUCGCGCAACCUCGAGUUCACCAAGGACUCGCACGCGAUCGCGCCCUUGCCCGCCCGCAUCCGGCGCAUCUUCUACCUCAACGCGUACGGGUCCGAGAUCUGGCCCCGGCCCAACACGGUCUUCCUCAACGCCCUGCGCGACGCGACCUGCCUCGUGUACGCCCCGGGCAGCCUCUACACGAGCAUCGUGCCGUGCGUCGCGCUCCGCCCCGUCGGCGAGCUCAUUGCGCGAGGUGUUGGCGGCCGCCUGCGGUACAAGGUGCUGCUCCUCAACGCGACCGAGGACCGCGAGACGCCGGCGUACGCGGCGGGCGACUUUGUGCGCGCCUUGACGGACGCCUGCGCGAGGUCGUUCGACGGCGGCGGGCCAGGGGAGGGCGGUCAGGUCAGGUGUGUACCGAGGGACGUCGUGACGCACGUCGUGUGGGUGCGCAACGGGCAGGUCGAGGUGGACGAGCGGGAACUGGUCGCUCUCGGGAUCGAGUCGGUUGCGGUGGGCCCGACCGCUGACGGCCUGUUCAGCGAUGAUGUCGUGCGAGAAGCGCUCGGGCGCAUCUUCUCCUGCUCCUCUCCCCCGUCGUAGCCUCCUUCAAGAUAGACACUGCGCGUGCAAAGAGACACUCGAGUUGCUCGUC